CAGGCUUUUCUUCCGGGAUAUUUUAAGCAAUUCUAUGUAGUUGAACUUCCAGGUCCUUUGGGUCAAAGUACACCUCUGUGGUAUGACAAAGUCACAGCUCCUGUUUAAUCUCUGGGUUUUCCCCCUCAUUCUCCUGUGACGUGUCAGCUCACAGAGCUCAGCUCCAGGCAGCAGGAAGAGGAUGGUCCUAAGGGAGCCAUCUGGCACCGGCUUGCCCAGAGACCGUCCUCUCUCGCAGCCCUGAGAUAAUGUCCUGGAAGGAGGAGCGCAUGAGUUCACCCUCAUGUUUCAUCCAGUGCUUGGACCACCUUGUGUUGACUGUGAAGAGCAUUGAGGACACUGCGGCCUUUUACUCCAAAGUCCUGGGCAUGGAGGUGGUGACUUUCCAGGGAACUCGCAAAGCUUUACGUUUCGGCAACCAGAAGUUUAACCUUCACGAGGCUGGGAAGGAGUUUGAACCAAAGGCUCGAUGCCCCAUCCCUGGCUCUGCAGAUCUCUGCCUUAUCACAGAGGUACCCCUGGACCAGCUGCAGGAUCAUCUGAAGGCCUGUGGCGUGGUUAUUGAAGAAGGUCCCGUGGCCAGAACUGGUGCCAUGGGUCCAAUAACAUCCAUCUACUUCCGAGACCCUGAUGAGAACCUGAUCGAGGUUUCCCGGUACUGCCCAGAUGUGACUGCAACCCAUGGAGGAGAACCCUGACCACAGCCUGUUUUGUGCCUGCAUCCCAGCAGUCUGCAGGAUGCAGAGGCCAGGCUUUUGGUGGCCAGUUUACAGGCUCAAGCUUUUAUUUUGCAAACCUAGGACAAGGCUCAAGUUAAUUAUUUAAAAAGCAGCCCCUCAAUCAUUUCAAAAGCAUAAAACAAUAAGGAAGGACUUGGGGGUAUCAAGGAGAGCAGUUCCCCAGCUGGCCACACUGAGGUAGCAAUGUUACCAUCACUGCUGGAAAGCUGGGAGGCCUCUUCUGACCUCUACAGCCAAAAUCGUCUCUGAAAUUGAAAUAAUCUCUGAACGGUGUUAUUUUGUUGGGGUUUUUUUUUCUGCUGGCAUUUCACGGGAAACCCAAAUUCCUCCAUGCAAAAAUACAAGUCCCUAAGAACUGCAGAGCUGCGGAUGGUCACAGAUGGGGCCGAGGGUUCUCCCAGCUCCAGCUGAGCCACUGUGGGAGCCAAGGACAAGAGCUGCCCUGGGAGGGAGCCGCAGACACCUCACAGCCUUAUCCUGAGAACGGGGACCGGGGAGGUCCCCCGGAGGGACCCCCGCACACUGGAGCCCGCGCGGUCCUAGAGCCCGCGCCCCGAGCGGGGGCUGCUCUCCAGGGUGCUGAGCGCGGCGGCGGACGGCUCCGCCCGGGUGCCUCCUGCCCAUGGGUAGGUCCUGAGCAAGAGUGGGACCUGCCUACGGGACCCCACGGAUGGGUCCUGCCCACGGGAAAGGGCUGAUGGUGGCAUCCUGCUCCCAUUAGCCCUUCUACAGCUUUCCCCCACUCUCCACUGGCCCGGGGUUCUCCCCAGCCAAGUGCUUGUGCCAGCAGAGCCCUAUUAAUUUCUGGUGUGGGACUGUAGUUAUUGAUUGAUUGCCAACACAGAUCCUGCCUGUCUCUGCACUGAGAGUGUCCUUUCAGUCACUGAGCUUGCUACCAUAAAUAUGUUUGUGGAGAAA